AUGAAUUGCACUGGCACGGUGACAGCGCAGACGGUGGCCUCACCGCCAAUACCAGCCCUUUCGGCGUUCAUAAGCAAGCGCAAGUGGUCAUACUGCAGCACGUUCCAGCAUGUAGUAGACGCAAUGUGCAAGUUCGUGAACAGCGGGAACAUCGGGAGGUAUUAUCCCGCGGAGAACCGAUGGAUAUGCUUAGACGCGGCCGAUGUAUCACUCGAAGGCCACUCCUUCUGUGCAAAUAAUUGCGGAGGAAUCAUGCGCUGCGCCGGCGGUAUCGCAGCUGGAGAAUCGCCUUCCCACUCGGGGUAUAUCAUUCAACAGCAGGAUAUCGUGGAAGCUUUCGCGGCGCUGCGGCCAUGCAAACAGCGUGAAGAAACUUGUGUUCCGUCAUCCAUGAACCCUCCUACAUGCUUGACGACUCGUCGAAUCAUCGCCACUCAAAUAGUGAGCAGACAACAGGAGGCAAUGGAUAAAUACUGCCAAACUCAAAUGGACCAGCUGUGCCGAGAAGGGAAGUGGAAGAUACACUGCUACCAGCUUUGGCUGUCGCGGAUUGACACUGGUGGAAACUCAUUGUCGUCUCCAGAGUGGACAUGCUAUCCAGUUGGACUACUGGAUUUUUCGAGACUCUCUUUCUGCGCGGACGGAUGCAGCAACAAGGUCCCUUGCCAAGGAGCGCCGACGGCGAUUGGCUCAUCAGUCACAGCAUUCCUCCAGCUGUCCUUAAUUGCCAGCGACAAGGCAUUCUGUUCACCCUAUCAAAAGGCCGCCAACGACUACUGCAUUAAGAAAAACGGCGAAGGAUGGGUAGCAAGAGGAAACGUUGACACAGCCAGCUGGGCGUGUUUUCGGGCAGUGAUCAACGACACAAGCGGCAUCAUACAAGCGUGGCGGUAG